AUGGCACCAGAUACUUCACAAGAGGAAAAGAACACCAUGACCACGAUGGAAGCUAUGGAACCAGAGAAAGACAUUACAGGGUAUGAAGACGAAGCUGUCCGAGGCACAGAACAGGAGAAGACAAUGCCUCUGAAGGCUGCCUUCAAGUAUUAUCGAAAAGCCGUGUUUUGGUCUAUUACUAUCUCCAUGGCCACCAUCAUGGAGUCUUACGACAUGCAGCUCAUCAGCUCCUUCUAUGCAUUUCCCCAGUUUAAUCGAAAGUACGGUAAACAAUUGCCAAACGGUACAUGGCAGGUCGAUGCAGACUGGCAGCUGGGUCUAAGUCUAGCAUCACUGAUCGGUCUUAUUUUUGGCGUGUUUGCCAGUGGAUACCUUGGUGAUCGCUACGGACCCCGAUAUGUCAUGAUUGCAGCGCAUUGCUUCCUGGCUGGAUUUGUCGCUAUAAUCUUUACAGCGCAGAGCGUUGAGAUACUGUUUGCAGGCGAGUUGUUAUGUGCGUGUACCUGGGGCCUCUUCGCUGCAGCAACACCGACGUACGCCGCUGAGAUCGUCCCUAUGGCACUAAGAGGAUACCUCACGACAUACGUCAAUCUUUGCUGGGUCAUCGGACGAAUCCUUGCGACCGGUGUCCUACGAGGCAUGUUACCGGUGCAGUCGGAGUGGUCUUUCAGAGUCCCGUUCGCGCUCCAGUGGAUGUGGCCACCAGUGUUGAUUUUUGCCACCUGGUUCUCACCAGAGAGCCCUUGGUGGCUCGUUCGCAAAGGGCGUAUCGAUGAAGCAAGGAAGACGCUGGACCGCCUGGUAAGCGCACCUUCUGGGAUAGUUAACAACGACCAUCGUCUUGCCAUGAUGCAGCAUACCAUUGCACUGGAGCGUAAACUGAAGGUUGGUGGAUCUUUCCUGGACUGCUUCAAGGGCACGAAUCUGCGUAGGACGGAGAUUGCAAUGCUCUCUUGGGGCGGACAAAUACUUCCUGGCUUCAUCAUCCAGGGAUACACGACCUACUUCUUCACCCUCGCUGGACUUGCUCCAAGCGACUCUUUCAAUCUUACGAUGGGCGUGUUUGGUAUGGCUUUUGUUGGCACAUGCGCGUCGUGGUUCUUGCAACCUCGGAUGGGGCGGCGCACCAUCUACAUUGCAGGUCUAGCCAUCAUGCUGCCGAUCAUGUGGAUUGUUGCUUUUCUCGAGUUCGCGCCAAAUGCAGGCAGCAACUCCAGCAUCAAAUGGGCACAAUCAUCCAUAUUGAUGAUUUGGUUCUUCACCUACGGCAUAACGAUUGGUCCAAUUCCUUAUGCCAUCGCCGCUGAAGUCGGCGCAGUACAGUUGCGCUAUAAGACAAUCGCUCUUGGUCGUAACAUGUACUACUUCCUUUCCAUCAUCAACGUCGUUAUCUCGCCGUACAUGCUCAAUCCGAGCAAGUGGGAUCUUAAGGGGAAGGCAGCGUUUCCUGCUGCUAUAUUGAACGUAUGUCUGUUGAUUUGGGCCUACUAUAGGCUACCAGAAACAAAGGGCAUGACACCGGAGACCCUAGAUCAUCUGUUUCACGAGAAGAUCAGCGCUCGGAAGUUCAAAGCAGAGGCAUCCAGGUUCCAAUAA